GGAGGAGGGAGGGGGCGGGCCCCAGUCCCGGGACCACCCCUCCUCUGGCCCCGCCCCGAGGCCCCCAUGGGGCCUUCCCAUUGGCCCCCCCGGCUGCCCGUCACCCCGCCACCUCCUCUCCAACCUCCCCCCCCAAGCUAGGCUGAGCUGUGCCUACGUUGGCCUCGGCUCCCGGGGACUGGAGGAGUUACCUUUGGAGCCCAAAAGGAGGAAGGAAGAAAAUAUAUCAACAACAGCGGCAGCUCGGGAGCCCCAGCCCCGGCCCUUCCCUCCCCUCAGCCCCGGCCCCAGGACAGGGGCCCGGGACCUCCCGGCUCCACCCAGGGCCCCGGCAGACGCCUGUCUCGUUAGUUAUUUUUCGAUUUCCCCUCCCCCCCGAAAGAAAAAAACCUACCCCGUUCCAGCGCUUGAAGGUCUGAGAGCACCGAGGACCACCGCUCUCCCGCUCCCCCCUCCCGCGACACCCCCUCCCCCACGGGGGGCUGGUGGCUGUGCUAGAACUGCCCUUGAGGACCAUGAACUAAUCUCCUUCGGGGACGAGCCUUUUCAUGAGCACACUCUAACACCGGCCGGUCGAGGACCCACCUCCCAGCAAGGCCUUCCCCUCCCCACCUCUCCCCAGGGUUGAGGAUCUCUGGAGAAGAUGGGGCGGAAAAAGAUCCAGAUUCAGAGGAUCACAGAUGAGCGGAACCGGCAGGUGACAUUCACCAAGCGGAAGUUUGGGCUAAUGAAGAAAGCCUAUGAGCUGAGUGUGUUGUGUGACUGUGAAAUCGCCCUCAUCAUCUUCAACCACUCCAACAAGCUGUUCCAGUACGCCAGCACAGACAUGGACAAGGUCCUCCUCAAGUACACAGAGUACAACGAGCCCCACGAGAGCCGCACCAACGCAGACAUCAUCGAGGCGCUGCACAAGAAGCACAGGGAGUGUGAGAGCCCCGAGGUGGACGAGGUGUUUGCCCUGACCCCCCAGACGGAGGAGAAAUAUAAAAAGAUAGACGAGGAGUUUGAUAAAAUGAUGCAGAGUUAUAGACUGGCCUCUGCAGUCCCAGCCCCAAAUUUCGCCAUGCCAGUCACGGUGCCUGUGUCCAAUCAGAACUCACUUCAGUUCAGCAACCCUGGGGGUUCCCUGGUGACCCCGUCACUGGUUACGUCAUCCCUCACAGACCCGAGGCUCCUGUCCCCCCAGCAGCCAGCCCUGCAGAGGAACAGCGUAUCACCGGGGCUGCCCCAGCGGCCAGCCAGUGCUGGGGCCAUGCUGGGAGGAGACCUCAAUAGUGCUAAUGGAGCCUGUCCCAGCCCUGUUGGGAACGGCUAUGUCAGUGCCCGGGCCUCCCCUGGCCUCCUCCCUGUCGCCAAUGGCAACAGUCUGAACAAAGUCAUCCCAGCCAAGUCUCCACCCCCACCCACCCACAGUGCCCAGCUUGGGGCCCCCAGCAGAAAGCCGGACCUUCGAGUCAUCACGUCCCAGGGUGGGAAGGGGUUAAUGCAUCAUUUGACUGAGGACCAUUUAGAUCUGAACAAUGCCCAGCGUCUUGGGGUCUCCCAGUCCACCCACUCACUCACCACUCCUGUGGUCUCUGUGGCAACACCCAGUUUACUCAGCCAAGGGCUUCCCUUCUCCUCCAUGCCCACCGCCUACAACACAGAUUAUCAGCUGACCAGCGCAGAGCUCUCUUCCCUCCCGGCUUUCAGCUCAACUGGGGGACUGUCGCUAGGCAACGUCACUGCCUGGCAACAGCAACAACAGCCACAGCCACCCCAGCAACAGCCCCAGCCGCCACAGCAGCCGCCACCGCCGCCGCAGCCCCAGCCCCAACAGCAGCAGCCGCCGCCGCAGCAGCAGCAGCAACAGUCCCACCUGGUCCCUGUGUCUCUCAGCAACCUAAUCCCGGGCAGUCCCCUGCCUCAUGUUGCUGCAGCCCUCACCGUCACCACCCACCCCCACAUCAGCAUCAAGUCAGAGCCGGUGUCCCCGAGCAGAGAGCGCAGCCCAGCACCACCAGCCCCUGCCCCCUUCCCGGCCCCUGCUCGGCCUGAGCCUGGGGAUGGCCUCAGCAGCCCUGCCAGUGCAUCCUAUGAAGCUGGGGAGCGGGAUGACGGGAGGGGUGACUUCGGGCCUACCUUGGGGCUGCUCCGUCCAGCCCCAGAGCCCGACACUGAGAGCUCAGCGGUGAAGCGGAUGCGGCUGGAUACCUGGACAUUAAAGUGAUGAAUCUCCCCCUCUAUCAACCUCCCUCUUGAAGAGUUGACAAUCUCACCGCCCCUCCCAGUCCCGGGCUCCUCCCCGCUCGACCCCUAGUCCCUUUCUCGUGCUCCGUGUCCUGUUGACGGUUACAUUUGUGUAUAAUUAUUAUUAUUAUUAUUAUUAUAUUAUUAUUAUUAUUUUUUUAAUUUGAACUCUUGCUUCUGGGAGGGGGAAGCAUCCCCUUCUCUUUCUUCUCCCCUCUGUUUUCAUGGGGGGGAAACACUCUUUUUUGGGGGGGAUAAUUUGCACGUUGUACACAUAUGCUGCAGGGGGGGAGGGGGGACCCCAAAAAGACUUUGGGAUGGGGCAGAAGCCGAGCCCUGCAUGUGGAAACCUCCCUUCACCCUCAUCCCCAAGAGAGAGGAAGUAACCAAAAAAAAAAAAAAAAAAAACCCAUAAAAUGGACUUUGAAUCCCCAGAGCCUAGUUUGGACCUGGGGGAUGUGGGCUGGAUACCUGGGUCAACACUGUUGUGCUCGUGCUGCAGGGCCUCAGGAGGGCUGACUGGAGUUGGGGUUAAAAUCCCCAUGGGUCUCUUGUCUCUCCAGUGCUAUUCACAUGUUCCUAGGCUGUUUAGGUAUGGAGUGAGUGCUCGGGCCUGGAACUCCAAAAUAAUCCCCCUCCUUCGCUGAUCCACGUGGAAGCUGCACUCUCCAAAACUAAGGGGCAGGAGGCAGAGUUGCAAUUGUAGUGUUGAGGACCUCAGGCCUUGGCAUCCAGUAGAAGCUAUGUUCUCUUGUGCUGGGAAGUCUGAGGUGGGGUGGGGGAGGAAGGGUGGAGAGGGACACCUCCCUCGCCCAGGACUUGGAGGAGCUUCAGAGUUUCUCCCUUUACAGAUGGAAGAGAGUAGGGAUGGGAGAGGGGCCCACCUCACAGCAGAGUGUGUAGGGAGUAGAGAUGUGGGGUACCCCCUUCUUAGGCAUUAGAGGGGCAUCCUGGUGGUGGUGAGAGAGGAGGGCCUCCUUUUCCCUCCUCUGGGUUUUUCUUCUAAAAUAUACAGUGCAAUAGCAUCCCUUUCCUCACCUACCCCUUUCACUUUGACUCCCUAAUUCCCAAUCCUAUCUUUCUGCCCUUGGUGCUGGCCUUUCAAAUUAAGCCUCAACCCGGAGGGGGGCAGUGCCAGUCUUACUUAUGCUGGUAGAACCUGGGAAAGAAACUGAGGAUGGCGAGCACAUACUGUGCCUCCUCCUCCUUCACCUGGACCCUAAUCCUAACGGGCCUGGACCAGCCUAGUGGAAGUCUGCACGGGGGUUUCUUGAAGAACCUGGGCACUAUGGCUAACAGGGUGGAGGGGGAGUCCAUUAAGGUCAGGGAGGAUCAGAAUACCCUUUUGUCACAGAGGUCAUGGAAAGGGGAAGGGAACGCCCACUCCCUAUCACACAUACACACCAGAGGCACUGGCCCCAGGGGGAGCCCACGGUUUCCCAGAGCCAGGGAAUGGGGUGGGGUGGAGUGAAGCUGCCGAGCCUCAAGCCUCACGCCCAGUGCUAGUUGUGUUCCGGGGUGGUCCGCUUCUUUAGCCUUGCUCCACCCCAGCUCGUUCCUCUCUCCCUAGCCCUGCCUCCCCUUC